AUGCCCACAGCAAUCGUCGUUCAUAUCCUGCACAUCCUCCUCAUGCUUCUCGACUCCAAAAUCCCGGAAGUAAUGACGCUAGAGAAGUGGGAUCGUCUCCCCAGUACGUGUGCCGCGCGCAAAGCGUCUCUCGAUCCUGCCCCCGACGAGGACGAGCAAGACGUAAAUAGCCCCCAAAACAUUGAAUCGCCCCGAAGCCACGACCCUUCAGUCUGUAAUGAUCUUAUGGACGCCCUGCUUGGCCAGGUUUCCGGCCUGGAUGACUACCCUGGGUUCCCGACUCUUGAUGGAACCAGCAGCCUUUUCGACGGCAUCAACGUCAAUUCCAUGUUACACGGGAUGCAGAUGUAUAUGGAGCCAGGGUCAACACUGCAUGUGGAAGCCUUGCCUGAUAAUCCGGUGCAAAACGACGCCGUUCUCCCGGUCAGCCGACACACGAGCUCCUUAUCGACGUCAGGUGAACAAGAGAGCUAUGCCACGAGCGUCAGAUUAGGAGUUCUUGACCAACCAUCCCCCGAAGUUACCCAGGCGAGCUUUCCUCUCCCAUCUAGAGUAUUCAAUGAUCCGACGACCAUUUUGAUAGAGUUUUACUUUAAAGAGACAGCCCGUCUAUUCUCCUGUUACGACGGCUCCAUGAAUCCCUUUCGCACCACCGUGUUGCGUUUGUGGGAUUCAUCACCACUCCUUUACCGCACACUGCAGAGUAUGGCGGCAGCCAACCUAGUUGAGGAUUUCCCGCAGCUUGCUGUCUUGGGUCGCCGAUUCCGCAGCGAGGCCAUCCAUAUGCUCGAAAGUAGCGACAAAGCAACUGCCAACAGCGACCGCACCUCUGCAGGUACCACUUCGAACACGCUGCUCGCCAUGUUGAUGCUGGGCGGCUCAGCCAGCUGGCACGAUCCUAAAGACCUCGGUUUACCCUUCUUCAACAAGAUACGCAGGACAUUGAAAGCGGUUGAAUCAGAAAAUAACGGGGUCGACUACCAGUUCUUUCAUCGAUGCAUGAUAUACUGGGAGCUACUGCUUUCGUAUGUGGCCGACACUGAUCAGCUCGACGUCCUGGAAGUCAAGAGCAAGAUGUACCCACAGGAAUAUCUCUCACCGGAUCUUGUCCCACACCCCUGGACAGGUUUUGCGAAGGAUACCCAGUUUGCCGUGCAAAGGGUUGGUCGCCUCAUCCGCCAACAGCGCAAAUUGGCGUUUUCGCGGCGUUUCACGUCCUUCUCCCACAUCAAACAGCUCGAAGAGGACAUGGCUGUAGCUAGCGAGCUCGAGGGGCUCCUUUCCGAUAUGCACCAUCCCCUUGAAUCUUGCGUCCUCGACCCCGAAGAUCGCAAUACGCCGGUCUGGCAGCUCCUGACCCUUGCCGAAAUCUAUCGCUCGGUCGGCCUAAUACAGAUCUAUCACAUCUUUCCCGACAUUCUGGAUCGUCGUUUGGCACGAGAAGGUGUAUAUGAAUCGACCAAGCAGUCCAGUGAUGAUGCCCAACACACUGGAGGUGACACGACACAAAGAAGCUAUCAACAGAUACGCGACGAGUAUUUGACAACAUACGCAGUCAAGGUCCUAACCUCAAUGAAAACACUCCCUCUGGAAUCAGGAACCCGCGACUUCCAGCCUUUUAUUCUCGUCUCAUUAUCCAGCGAGCUACGACUGCCAGUUUCCCGACCCGGCCCUGAGGAUAACAAUCCCAUGGCAGGAAUCACCUUGGAAGCGAUUGAAACAUCACGCAUGCGCCACUUCAUCAAGGGACGACUGGAAUCUUUCCUGAAUAUUCUCCCGCCUAAGCCGAUCCGAAGAUGCCUUCAGAUUGUCAACCGAACGUGGGAGCUUAUGGACCAGAGGGCGCACAUGAUGAUAGCUGAGAAACACGGACCUGCUUCGUUCGAGGACCCGCAAGCGGUGUAUUGGAUGGAUGUCAUGAUUGAAAACGGAUGGGAGACGACUAUGGCAUAG